ACGUUAUUACGUACGUCAAUAGAGAGAGAAAUAACAAAGGAGAAGAAAAACAACUUUCAGUUCGUCUGGUGUUAAAAUCUGCAGUUUCAAAUAACUAGAAAGCAAUACAAUCAAACCAACGAAGAACGUCGUUUCGUGAUUGAAAGCGAUCAGCAAUAAACGAGCACUGUUACACGAUAAUUUAGUAGCUAACCUGUCCUUGAGUUAAAACGCGUAGACAAACCAUGUCGCUGCACAGUGAAACAAGCAACUGCACAGGAAAUAAGCAACCGAUCAAACGGUUGGAAAUACCAAUAAGCAAAUUUAAUGACGUCGCAAUACCACAUCACUUAGGAAUGCUCAGGAGACAUAAGACUAAUAUCGCGAAGCUAAAACAAACCGGAGACUGGGACCGCAUCUAUAAGGAACAGGCGAAUGCUUCUCGUCUGGUCAAACAGCUUAAACAGUUACUGUACGAAAUGGAUGUUCUGCGAGGCCAAGUACAAGACAGUGAUAUUGCAAAGUUCGAUCAACUCACAGCAUACUCUAGAGAAAGUACAAUGAAUGCCAUCAAAGAAUAUUUAGCACUAGAUCUCGAUCUGCCUACAAUGAACCGUUCGUCAACCGAAGAUGAAAAUGAGGCCACAAACCACGCAUUUCAGGAUGGCGAUAUCCAACUGCACGCAGAAGAGAAAGAAUUGGAGAGGCAGCAGGCCUGUCUGCAUGCUUGGAACUCUCUGCAAGAUGACAUGAUACAACUGCAUCAAUUGUUUGUAGACUUUAAUCAACUCGUUGACGACCAAAAAGAAUAUGUGAACAGAAUAGACGAAAAUGUUGAAGAGACUGAAGUAAAUGUCACAGAAGGUACAAAGUUCUUGGAGAAAGCAGGAAAAUACAAAACAGCAGCAUACCCAGUAGCUGGGGCUCUAAUUGGAACAUGUCUUGGUGGUCCAGUCGGUUUAAUCGCUGGUUUAAAAUUUGGUGGUCUCACAGCGAUUGGUUGCGGUUUAUUAGGUUUUACUGGAGGAACGCUUUUGAAGAAAAAAACUAUAAAAUCAAGUACGGAAAGCCAAGCAGAAAACAGACUUGAACGCAUUCAAGGUUCUGAUUCGACAUCAGAAAAUAUAAAAGUUAGUAAUAAACAACUUUGACCAUUACACAAAAAUCGCAAAAAGCGUAUGUUGCAUUGCUCCACGAUGUAGCGAUGGAGGAAUGGUUGAAAAGCAAGUAGCAUCGUAAAAUACGCGCUAAAAAUAAAAAGGAUAUAAGUACGGCACGAACAUAUGGCUUAAUAAUAAGAUAGCCUUCCUCAAAAUGUACCUAACUGUGAUCUAAAUUGUAAUUAACCAUGUACAAAUAUUUUACUAUUUGAAUAAAAUCACUCGCUAUUUUAUACAGUCAAA